AUGGAAUUUGUUGAACAAGAAAUAUUAUUAAAUUCGAAUAGUCGUGGUGAUAGAGGAGAUCAUUCAUUUGGAGCGAAUGAGUUUGGAUAUCUAGUUGUGGGUCGUAAGACUCCAAGAAGAUUUUGGUUAGGUUUAUCAAUUAUAUUAUGUACAAAUAUUGCACUUUCAAUCAUAUCCGUUACGAUUUGGCCUUAUCUUACUUUGAACCGACAAAGUAUUUAUAUAUUAGCUGUUUCAAUAGCUGCUUUUCAUACUGGUUCAACGUUGGGAAGAAAGUUGUUUUCAUAUCUGGGCGAUAACUAUGAUAAUCUAUGGUCGCAGUUGAUGCUUGCCACUGCGUUGUCGUUGGUCGGUGACUUGGUGUAUGCGAUCAUUCCCGAGCAAUUUGCAAUUAUCACAUCGAGAUUUGUGGUUGGUGUCGGUGCAGGUUCUGGUGUGGUUCUGCAGAACCUGCUGGCAAAGGGCAACGACCAUGCCACACAGAAGAGCAGAAUCGCAUCGAUCGGAAUCGUCACUUCUCUCGCCUAUAUAUUCGGUCCUGCACUAAUAGCUGCAUUCUCAAAGCUGCAGGUCGAUAGCCAACUCAAUGUAUUCCAAGAUGUCGGUAACAUCACUAUCUACGGUUGGCUAGCUUCCACCUUCUCUUUGAUCGCAUUGCUACUUUCACUACUUGGAAAGAUCAUUGAUAAAGCAGAACAUAAAACAUCAAACUAUGAUAGUGAUUUCAGUUUUAAUGAUGGAUUCCCAAGAGGUGUAUCAUCAUAUAGAUCACAACAAUCUUGUAUAUUCCCACCAAAAGUUACAUUGGUUCUCUUAUGUUUUAUUCAUUUUAUGAUUUUCAAUAGCGGUAUGAUUUUGGAAACAGUGUUCAUACCUUAUAUAAUUGAUGCAGGUGGAUACAGUGCUUACAAUUGGAGUUUGACGAAUAUCGCACUUUUCUUUGUGGGUCUUGGUGUGUCUUGUGCAGUGACAGCACAUCUUAGCAAGAAGAUAACAAACAACAAUAUACUACUGUACAGUUCACUCGCAUUGAUGUGCGCAGGUUAUGCGUUCAUGACCAUCUGGAAGUUAUCCACUCCCGAUACCGUACCAACGUCACCAUCACCUCCACUCUUUAGAUUCCUGAUGGGUGUCAUCAUGGUUGCCAUCGGAUUCCCAACUGCUAUUUCAAGUUCAAUCACUUUAUUCUUUGAGUUAAUGUCGACCGUUUAUAUUAAAUAUGCUUCUACUUUAUUCCAAUUCUCAAGUAACUUUGGAAGAUUGAUGGGACCAAUCUGGGCAGCCUUAAUCUUUGAUAAAACAGGUGUAAAUUAUAGUUUUUUGUUUGGUUUCGUACUUAGUUUGUUUUCUAUCAUACUUUUGAUUGCACUCGGGAGAUCACUAAAGUAUAUUUCAUCAGUAUCAAACAUUCAAAGAAAUGUUCCAAUACUGACAACUGAUGAUGAAGAUGGUGCCUUUAGAUAA